CGACCAUGAAAGUUAGUCAUACGUGUAUAUCAAAAAUGAGCGACGUGGCUCCUGGCGAAAUAUCUGUGUCUCUCAUAUAUGAGCGACGUGGCACGCAAUGUGUUAAAAGUUAUAUUUUCGAAUUAAUUUUACGCCUCUGUGACUUACUACACACUACUUACCAUACAUAAAUUCUGUGUUGACUAUCGAUUACAAUUAUUUGACUUGAAUAUCUUAAUUAAGAUAGUUGCUGUUGUAUAAAACGUAUUUUUUGUAAGAGAUAAUAUUGUUUUUUUAUGUAACCAAUCCAUUAGAUUGUAUGUAUUCUGAGAUAACAUUGUAGUUGUAUGAUAAGAGUGCAUCAAAAGCAAGUGUGCUGAUGAAGUAAUUACAGAUAUCUACAUCUAGAAAGUGAUUGGAUUCGGAUAUAGUGUCAAGAGUUUCCGUUACAAUUACAAUUGAACUGGUUUUCAAAAAAUCGUCACCAGGAGAUACAAAAACAAAACUGUUUGACAACAGUCUAUCAAAGCAAGGUUUUCUUAAUUUUUGGUUGUGAUAAUCAAGAAACUAUAGCAGUAUAAUAGAAACUAUGACACCUCUAACAUUUGGCAUACUGACUGUCAGCGACACUUGUCACAGAGAUUCUAAAAAAGACACAUCUGGCCCAAGUUUGAAAGAAGAAGUUCUAAAAAAUUACUCAUCAGUUCAAGUCAUUCAACAAAUCGUUCCAGAUGAAAUAGAAGACAUCAAAUCGGUUCUAUUAAACUGGAGCGAUGAGAAGAAAUGUAACGUUAUUUUGACAACUGGAGGUACUGGAUUCGCCAAUAGAGACGUUACUCCAGAGGCAACUCGACAAGUUAUAGAAAAAGAUGCUCCCGGUCUUAGCUAUGCUAUGAUUUCGAAUAGUUUAGCCAUCACGAAUAUGGCUAUGCUUUCUAGGGCGGUUUGUGGUAUUAGAGGUAAAACAGUGAUUAUAAAUUUGCCAGGAAGCAAAAAAGGGGCAACCGAAUGCUUUGGUUUCGUCAAAAGCUGUAUACCACAUGCUGUAGCGCUAUUGACCGAUCAAAAAGAUCUUGUUGUUUUGCUGCAUCAAAGCAUACAAACCAAAGGUGGAGGCGAUGGUUUAGGAUUUACCCCAAGCAAGGUAAAAAUCGAUAAAGUUGCAUCAAGAAGUCGCAAAUCUCCUUAUCCCCUCAUAGAAGUACCAGAAGCAACUCAAAUAGUGCUAACUCAAUGUACCCCUACCGACGAAACAGAAGUCGUUGCUUUCGAUCGAUCAGUUGAUAGAAUUUUGGCAGAAGAUGUAUAUGCUUUAGCACCGGUUCCACCAUUUAGGGCUUCCAUAAAAGACGGCUAUGCUGUAAUAGCUGCGGACGGAGCAGGAACGAGAGCUAUCAAAGAAGUAGCAGCGGCAGGUGACGCACCCAUCGGAGAAGUACUAAAGUCGGGGGAAGCGAUACGAAUCUCCACAGGCGCACCUUUGCCGCCUGGAGCCGAUGCUGUAGUUCAAGUGGAAGAUACUUCGAUAGUUCAAGCUUCUCCAGACGGCAGCCUGGAACUUGUUAUCAACAUUGAGAUUGCACCUAAACUAGGACAAGAUAUUAGGGAGAUAGGCAGCGAUGUAGCGGUCAAUUCUUUGGUCUUGAACAAAUAUGAGCAGAUCAAGGCUGCACAUGUGGGAGUCUUAGCGAUGUUGGGUAAAACAGAAGUGAAGGUAUUCAAGCGUCCGUUGGUUGGGGUAAUAUCUACAGGAAACGAAAUAGGUGAUCCAAAAGAAGAACUGGCUCCUGGCAAAAUUAGGGAUGCCAAUAAAUUUACUUUAAUGAAUUUAUUGAAAGAGUACAGCUACGACUCAAUGGAUUGUGGUAUCGCCAGAGAUGACCCGGAUUCCGUUAAAGCUGUCUUAGAAAAAGCAUUUAUGAACAACGAUGUGAUUGUAACUAGUGGUGGUAUUUCUAUGGGCGAAUUCGAUGUUCUUAAACAGGUCUUGGUAGAAGAUUUUGGAGCAAAAAUCCACUUCGCUAGAGUUAAUAUGAAACCAGGGAAACCCACAACGUUCGCUACAUUGACUUACCACGGAAAAGAAAAGAAGUUCUUUGGAUUACCAGGUAAUCCCGUAUCUUGCGGGGUAACUUGUCUGCUGUACAUCAUCCCUGCUUUACGCUAUAUGGAACACUGUGCAAACUACGAGUUUCCCACGAUUCAAAUUAAGAACUCACCGUUAGUUAAUAAUGAUUCACGACCAGAGUACCACCGAGUACAAGUAAGCUUCGAUCCAACGAUUGGCGAGUUUAAGUUAUCGUCAACCGGAAAUCAGAUCAGCAGCAGACUAAACAGUCUAGUUGGAGCAAACGGUUUGGCUAUCGUUAGAAAAGGUGACCCGUCCACAACUUUAAACGUACUACUUUUUGAUCACCUGAUGUAGUUUAUUUUUUUAAUUAAGAAAAUUGUUACUUAUAUCAGGUCUCGAAUUUUGUGAUUGUUUACUUGCCAGUUCCUUAAUAAAUUUGUUAUAUUUGU